AUGACGAUGAUUCGUUCAAAGAAUUGCGCUCCGCCGCCAUUCCGGGAGCGCCCGCGCGGCGCCGGCCUGGCGGGCUUUCUCGCCGGCCCCGGCACGCGGGAAUCGAAGCUUCUUCGCCGCUCGACCGUCGUCCGUGCUGCGGCUUCGGACCGCCCAAUUGCCGCCGCCGCUGCCGCGGCUUCAGGCAGCGGGUUGACUCCUGUCGCCGCCGCCGCGGCCGCCGCCAAAAUCUCCACCGCCGCCGCUGCCGCGAAAACAACGCUGGUACGCGAACUUCCCGGACAGCAGCAACAGAAGCCGGGAGGCGCGGCGGUGGAGGAGGAAGAGAAUCUAUGGCAGAGCGUGGGGACGAGCAGCGGGAGCGUGUUUCUCGCGGAUGCCGCCAUGUGGCAGAGCGCCCUUCCCGAGCUCGACUUCACAGACGAGCGAUUCUCCGAUGACGACCAAUCGCCGACCGCCGUCGCCGCGCCGCCGACGGUGCGCGACUACAUGACGCGCCGCCCCGUGUGCGUGCAUCCGCGCGCGUCGCUCAAGGCGGCGGCGAAGCUGAUGGCGGCGUGCGCGGUCAGCGGAGUGCCCGUGGUGGAGCCAUACGACGACGACGCGGGCGCGGGCGCGGACGGCGCGGGGCGCCUCGUGGGCGUGCUGUCGCAGCGCGACGUGCUGUGGAAGGAGACUGUGCCGUACCCUGGGGAGGACGAUCUGAUGGGCGAGCCGUACGAGGGCCCCAUGAGCCCGUCGCUGCGCGCGCAGCUGGGCAAGAUCCGCAGCCGCACCGUGGCGGACGCCAUGACCGCCCCUGCGCUCUUUGUGGAGGCUGGCGCGCUGCUGUCGGACGCCGCCACCAUCAUGAUCAACCGCAAUGUGGCUCGACUGCCUGUGGUUGCUCCACGAGAGGGGGACAAGCCAGGCAUGACAGUGCCGCUUCAGCCGCUUCUGACCAUGCUGUCAGUCUAUCACAAUCUACUAGCCUUCUACCUGCAAGACGGUCUAUCACAAAACGGAGAGUGGAGUGGAGAGAUUCGGUUCUGGCCAGAGUUUCUCACUGAUGCAGCUCACGACUCCCUCUCCCGACUCUCCUCGGCUCUCACUCUCGGUGUGUUUAUUGUCAACAAUGUGACACGGCCACUUACUGCAUCGCAACUGGCCUCUCUCGUAGUGGGCGCAGUCUCUUCUUACUCCCGCUAA